UCUUUUUAUGGAUGGAAUCUAUGGCCAGUUUCACACUGCUCAAUAUUCACCGUAUUUUUUAUUCGUUACUCUGUGUUUACACUCACUCAACUAGAGGGCCUCAAUUCCCUCAAUCCUAAUCUCUAACAUAUUUCACACUUAUACUCUAUUUUAUAUUUACAGUUGUGUCUUAUCUUAUUUUGUAAAACAGAUCAGAAAUGAGAAUUAUAAACAAUCGUAAUGGUUAUUUUUUAAUCUGUUAUUUUGUUACCUGAUUAAAGUGUCAAAAUACAAGUUCAGUGUAGAAAUGCAAUAGUACUGAAUUAGGUCGACAAUAUUAGAUAGUCUGCUAAGUAAUAUCUGAUGUGCGUACCCUAGGACAAUUAAAACAGUUUUAUGGAGUAAACAUAGAAAAUAUAACAGAAUGAUUAGGUAACAUGCUACCGACCAAACUGAAAGUGUAAUUGUGGAACUCACCUGACUACCAGUAUCAGUUACAACUAAUUCAAGACACAGAGUUUUCAAACCAUUUAAUAACUAUGGAUUACCUAAUAUAAGUACAUCAAAUUGUAACAAAUAAUUGCUGUGGAUAUAAAUAGAUUGAAAGAUCAUUUAUGGUGAGCAAUACAUCAUGUUUGAAAUAGAGGUUGAGGAUACAACUGAACUUAAUGAGCCAUACUAUUGUUCUAUAUGUAAUUAUAAAACAAGUUCUGAAAGCUAUUUUAAGAUACAUGUACUGACUCAUACGUGUGAAAAACCAUACAAGUGCUCCGAGUGUGAUUAUGCCUGCUCUCGACAUGGAAACUUGAAGACUCAUAUGUUAACUCACACAGGAGAGAAGCCAUACAAAUGCACAUUGUGUAAUUAUGCUUGCAGGGAAAGUUCACGUUUAAAGAAACAUUUUUUAAUUCAUACUGGUGAAAAACCAUACAAGUGUUCUUUGUGUAAGUAUGCGUGCACGUUAAGUGAAAAUUUGAACAAACAUUUAUUGACUCACACAGGUGAAAAAUCUUUUAAGUGUUCAAUGUGUGACCAAGCUUUUGCACUAAACGGACAUUUAAAGAGGCAUUUAUUGACUCAUUCAGGUGAAAAACCCUUUAAGUGUACACAAUGUAGUUAUGCUUGUACAUCAAGUGAUAGUUUAAAGCGACAUUCAUUCACUCAUACAGGCGAGAAACCGUACAAAUGUACUCUUUGUAAAUUUGCUUGCAAAUCAAGUGGAGACUUAAAAAGGCACUUGCUAACUCAUUCAGGUAAAAAACCACAUAAAUGUCCAAACUGUAAUUACACUUGUACAUUAAGUUGUCAUUUAAAAAGACAUUUAUUAACGCAUACACAAGAAAAACCAUUCAAGUGCACCAAGUGUAGUUAUGCUUGCAAACAAAAUAAACAUUUAAAGAAACACAUACUUAAAAUGCAUGAAGCUAAAAAGCUAUAAUGAUUGUAUUUGUAGAUAUGCUUAUAAAUGAACUUAUUUGGUGCCAAGGGUCUAAAUAAAGUCAAGUCAACUCACCAUAUUAUAUAAUGUACAUAACUAGUGUCAAAUAAAAAACAGAAAUAAUAAUAUUAGUACAUAAUUUUAAUUACUACAACGCACUAACUAGCAUUGCCAAAUGAAUUCGCCAAAGGAAUAAUAAGAAUUUUUCAAUAAGAAGACUUAUUUUUUUUAAUUCAAGGUGGUUUAUUUUUUUUACUGUUGAUAGGUAUACUUUCCAAAACUUUAUUUCCAAAUUUAUUUUUACAAUAAAUUUAAAUACUGUGUUUUUCUAUGUUAAAAUCAUUCAUAAUUAUUUCUUGCGUUGUUAAAAUGGAUUACAAACAAAAACUACAUUUUUAUAAACAAUUUUUUAUCACAUCCACUGCUGAUAAUGGCCUUUUGAAUUAUGGAAGGGGGAAGCAGAUGCCUAUUGGCAUAGAAGAUGAUUUUUUGUGUGCUAUCAUUUCCCACAAUUUGAUAUACCCAUCAUUCCCUCGACACUACUGGUCUGCUUUUUGAUAUUGAUACACUAACAACCAAAACCAAUAUUCACUUCUUGUUUUUCCCUCUUAUGUGCAAAACGUGUAUUGUGAAAAUCGAGCUAAACUUCCACCCUCAUUUGUAGUACACUUGCUCCUGCUAAUUGUAAUUAAAAUAGUUGAAAAUG